AUGGGUAGAAGUAGCACCCGCAGCAGCAGUAGCUGUCGUAGUAGUCAUAGCUUCCGCUCCGGGGGAGGGCGUGGUUACCCGGUGGAAUCAGGGGUCGCCCAGAAGAAGUACCUCCAAAGUAUACACCCGAAACACACAGAUGAGAAGCUACGGAGGACUGAAGGCAAGUUUGACGAAGAACAUUUUGUGGACGAUAAAAAACGAGGCAAUGACCUCAGGAGCAAUAAAAUGGCACUACCCCGAGGAAGCAAAGAUGAUAAAAAAACGGAAAGCAAACAAAUCUUAUACUUUUCCAAACCUACGAAAGAAUAUGAUAAUAAUUCCCCCAAGAAAAAGUGGUUACCGAGAGAAAUAGAGGAACUGAUAUCUAAAUAUAAAAAGAAUCACAGUUAUGAUUCUGCUCGGAAAAAAAACCAUUUUGACAAAAACAGACACACGUACCAGGAUAUGAGGACGAACUACAACUCGCUAAGUGAUCGUGGUAAUGUAUUAUUUCGCUCGAAAAAUGACCCUAGAGGCGUGUAUUUCGACAGAGGCGCGUCCGCUGCUACUAUGGUGGCUACCACCGCGGCCACUACCGCGGCAACUACCGCAGGUGCAACUACUGCGGGAGAUGGGGACAAGGUGGAUGAUUAUCGUGGUCUGUCCCUUUCAAGUAGAAGAAGACACGAAUUGAGAGAUUCCUCCGCCAGAAGAUAUUACCACCGAGUAAGUGAGCAGACGGAUUACUGCAAAAGAGAAAGCAUUAUCAGUGACUUAUCCUGCGCCAGUGGAUUUUUGGCCUCCACGUGCAGGGGGGACUACGAUAGGGAGGAAAGUGCCACAUGCGAAGAGAGAGGCACUACCUGGCGACACUCCCAUCGGUGGACCUCUCACAAUAGCGAUGACAACCGCGGAGACCUCGCCGAACAGUACUCCAAAUGUUACAAAAAACGGUUAAGUGGAAAUCUAAUCGGAGAUAGUCGCAGGAAGGGCAUGGAUGAUAUGAACCAGUCAAGCAAAUCAACCCAUUUAGGAAAUAAAAACGGAGAUGAAAUUGACUUCACAGGAGAAUAUUCUGACGAGGAAUCGAAGGAAAAAAAAAUGUUCCAUAGUUACUCAAAAGAUAAAAAAAAUUUAUAUGAGACUUUUUUCAAUUUAACGAAAAAGUAUGAAAAAAUAAAAAACAAAAAAGGGGGCAACGAUAAGCAGGGCUUCAAAUUAAACGAAACAGAUAUAAGGUCGAGAAUCAAGUCCUGCAACGGGGACAAGGUAAGGCAAAAUAAGCUAAUUAGCGAUCCCCUACGAAGUGAUAAGACUUUUUCGAGCCAUUUUUACAAAAGCCGAGACUCCAAUUUUAACAAGAACAGUGCAUUAGUGGAUAAAGACAGAGGGAAAAAAAAGUAUGCAGAUAUGGCCGAUAUAGAAAAUUACGUAAAAGGAUAUGAUGUGAAGAGAAGAAGAUUUUCAAGGAGGGAUUCUAACCAUAAGGGAGAAAGACUCUUUAAGGGUGUCCCCUGCUUCGAUGAUAUUCACAAGCACAGUUCGGAUGAUUCCUGUAGGUAUGAAGUUUUCCCCGUAAGGAAAGGACCCAAAGAAGGUAUACAAGGUAGCAUCUCUAAUGAUCGUGAAGGGGGAAAAAUAACCAAAUCGUUAAGAGGCAAUCCAGUCAAGCCAUUUAACCCUUCCCACACUCUAGAAGAAGAAUCCUUUAGAGGAAGCAUCACAAAGAGGGCAAAAAAUAGCCCUAUAAAUGUACGCUUAAAUGAAAAGACAAAUCAUUUUAAUAUAGACGACACAAAAGUACCCUCGAACGAUUUCAAAAAUACACAGCUACAUGCGAGCGCCCCUUCGCAUGCCUCCAAUGAUUGCUCCACCUUAUAUGAUUAUGUAAAUUACGCCAAAAGGGAAACUAAAGGUUACUGUGACAGUGAUGUCCAUUUGAAGAGCUCCCAGAGAGGCUAUUAUCCCUCUGGUGUUAACGACGUAUUUGAAAAAAGAAGAGACAGGUUUUCGUCCCUUCUGAGUAAAAUUCAAACAAAAAAGAAUUACAAAAAUGAUGACCCGAAUUUGUCCUAUUUUAAGUCUACUAUGUUGAGGGGUUCCUACCUGGACAGAGAUGACGAGAUGUACCCGCUUCAUUCCUACGCAACGAAAAAUACACACCUUGAGAAAUCAUAUAAGGGGGGUAAUCUGCCAUCCCCUCGGGGGAGACUACUAAGUAGGAGAGGCAAGAGAGUGGAAGAUGACUCGCCAGUCUCUGUGUUAAACAUGCGCGAUGUGGUGGAUGUCCAAAAUAUCAGUGAUUCUGUUGGACAUUCGCCCGUUGCCAGUAGAGGAGGCUACAAUGGUCGUAGUGGUUGUUCCCCCAAUGGUCGCAGUGGGGACAGUAACGAUGAAUUGUACGGAGGGAAAUCCCGCACGGGGGAACGGCCCACAAAUGGGGCGAAACAAAGCUUGCGGAACUCCUGGCGGGAAAAAAAACAGAUGAAGAAUAUGCUAAGUUACGUUUGUGACGAAGGGGGGGGAGAAAGGGACGAGUUUUUAAGAAACAUAGGAAAGAAAUAUCUCUUCACAGAGGGGGAAGAAUUACUAAAUAGCAUUCUGAAUUUGAAAAAAAUGAAAUCCUCCCGACAAGUUCGGGACGAUGCGGAUGAAGAGGGCUACCACAGCGAUGGUACUAAGAAGCGCUACGAAAAGGAAGGGAAUGUGAAUUACCACACUUGGAAGUGCAACCCUGCUGGGAAGAGUAGUAAAGCCAAUAUGGGCGAGACGGUUUCGUUUCAGUAUUUGAAGAACCGCUCCUACACGAGGCCAAUGCAUGUUGGCGACUUUUAUGUGGGUGAUGCCGAGGCUGCCGAUUGCGCCAAUGGCGUGGAUGAUCGAGAUGGUGCGGAUUUGUAUGACCAUGGGUAUAGUGGCGAGUACGGUGAAGAGCACAGCGGAGAGAAUAGCGGAGUGCACAUCGGAGAUCACACCGACAAGGAACAACGGAACCUAAGCCGCUGGGGCUCUCCCUACUGUCGCGACGUUUUAUCCCUCCUCUUUCUUUACUUUUUAAAGAUUUUAUACUAUUUAGUCAGAUACUUUGUGCAGUUUGCACUGAUGCUCAUGGGGUACUUUUAUCACGCGAUGCGCACGAAAUCUCUUGCAACGAUAUUCAUUUCAGUCGUGGUUGCCGUUCCUCUUUUUUUGUUGCUUCUGUCGGUGCUUAUAUUGUCCUACAGAAGCGUGAACACGGAGUUUUUCGAUCGGGACAUCUGA